AGAACAUUCUCAAUUCAAGUUCUGCCCGUCCACGUCUCAGUGGGGACCUGGGGUAGACAGACGCCCUUCAACUUGACCCUCUUAAGUCCAUAUAUAAGCCAUUGGACAAUCCGUGUGGAUUUCGAACCUAGUGUUAUUGUGUCAUUAUUAAUAUGAGUGCGCCCGUGCCUGGCGGCCGACGGGGCAGUGCCAAUCCGGCGGCCAAGGCCCUGGGCAACCAGCCGGCUCCCGGCCAAGAUUUGAACGGCGGAAUGAGUCCCAGCGGUCAAGUGAUUCUAGCCACGGCUGGAUAUGACCACACUAUUAAAUUUUGGGAAGUGGGCACGGGGCAGUGUCUGAAGACGCUGCAGCACGCCGACUCGCAAGUCAAUGCCUUAGAAAUCAGUCCGGAUGGGCAGCUCUUGGCCGCAUGUGGCUAUCAGCACAUCCGCAUGUUUGACGUAUUGGGCACCAAUCCCAAUCCGGUCGUCAACUACGAGGGCGUGAGUAAGAAUGUCAUGGAUGUGGGCUUUCAGGAAGAAUGCAAGUGGAUGUACACCGCCGGCGAGGACGGCACGGUCAAGAUUUGGGACUUGGGCAUGCGAAACUUAAGUUGUCAGCGCAUCUACGAUGCUCAUGCUCCGGUCAACUCGGCCGUGUUGCAUCCUAAUCAACAAGACCUCAUCUUAGGCGAUCAAAAUGGCGUGGUUCACGUGUGGAAUCUCCGUUCCGACCAGAGUGAGCAGUACAUCCCGCAAGCCGGAUGCAGCGUCCAAUCCGUGGCCGUCGAUAGUCAGGGAUUGCACAUGGCUUGCGUCACCAAUCAAGGCACGCUUCACGUGUGGGACUUGCCUAGUGGGGAGAAAAAUCCGGCCUUGGCUGAACAGCGCCAGAAGAUCACGGCCCACAAGCGCUACGGGCUCAAAUGUAAAUUCAGUCCGGAUUCGUCGGCUCUGGCCACGUCUUCGGCCGAUCAGAGCACCAAGCUCUGGCGGCCCAAGGAUCUGACACACAUUACGGACCUCCAUAAGAGUGGCCAGCGUUGGGUUUGGGAUAUGGCCUUUUCGAAUGACUCCCAGUAUCUUUUUACUGCCAGUUCUGACUGCAUCGCUCGACUGUGGUCCUUGGCCAAGAACGAGGUCAAGUGCGAAUAUGUGGGCCAUUCCAAAGCUCUCACGUGCUUGGCCUUCCGAGAUCGACUUGUGACAUAACAACAUGAACAUUCAUUGCUUUUUAUUGGGGAGAAACAAGCGAUCGAGAAUAUAAAAAUAAGAACCACAUAACAA